ACAGAAAUGAAGAACCAAUCUGUGGAGAUUGUGUUCAUUUUGCUCGAACUGACAGAUGACCCUCAGCUACAAAUUCCGAUUUUCCUGUUUCUCUUUUUCAAUUACAUCUUAAGUGUGAUGGGCAACUUCAUAAUCAUCCUUCUUACCCUGUUGGACCCCCACCUCAAGACUCCUAUGUAUUUCUUCCUCAGGAAUUUCUCUUUCUUAGAAAUUGCAUUCACCACAGUGUGUAUUCCCAGGUUCCUGAUAAGCAUUCUCUCAGGUGACAGAACAAUUUCCUACAAUGCUUGUGCAGCUCAAUUAUUCUUCUUUUUCUUACUAGGGGCCACAGAGUUCUACCUCCUGGCUGCCAUGUCCUAUGAUCGCUAUGCAGCCAUCUGCAGACCACUGCACUACCCCAUCAUCAUGAACAGCAAAGUGUGUCACCUACUUGUCCUCAGCUCCUGGGGAACUGGGUUUUUAGUCAUCUUCCCCCCUUUGCUCUUGGGACUCAAACUUGAUUUCUGUGCUUCCAAAACAAUAGACCACUUCCUAUGUGACACUUCUCCUGUCCUUCAGCUGUCUUGCACAGACACAAAUUUCAUAGAAUUGAUGGCUUUUGUCUUAGCUGUCAUGACACUUGUCAUCACCUUGAUCUUAGUGAUUCUCUCCUACAUGUUCAUCAUCAAAACCAUUUUAAAGUUCCCUUCAGCUCAACAACGGAGAAAGGCCUUUUCCACCUGCUCUUCACACAUGGUUGUUGUCUCUAUUACUUAUGGGAGUUGUAUCUUCAUGUACAUGAAAACAUCAGCCAAGGAGAGGGUGACCUUAAAUAAAGGUGUAGCUGUGCUCAACACCUCUGUGGCCCCUUUGCUAAACCCUUUCAUUUACACCCUAAGGAAUAAGCAGGUAAAGGAAGCUUUAAAACAUGUGCUUCAAAGAUUUUGUUCUCUACAAAACAAUGAGACAAUGUUUAGACAUGCUAUUGAAACACCAGUAGUAAAAUAG